AUGGAGAGUUCACCAGAAUCAGUCCGUCCGGUGAAGCGCGUCAAAUACGCGCGACAAGACGAUACGAUCCCACUGAGCAUAGCCACAUCCAGCAUCAGGGCCUCCGACAGCGUCGACGGAUCCCUGAUUACUGAUGUCCCUUUAUUCGAAAAUACAUGGCCUACGACAACGGGAGUAUCGUCUCCCUCAGAGGUCCUAUUCGACCUCCCCGAGGACCUUGGCAAUUCGUGGGCCCCAGCUUUUACAGCACCCCAGCCUGCGUUGAAUCUUCAGGUAGCCACAGCACCUCAACCUGAACCUGAACCUCAACCUCAGCCACCUCGCUCUCAGGCACAGCGACUGCCUCGCCUCUUGCCUGCGGUGCACGAUGCUCUUCCAGAGCGGGCUGUCGAAUCGCAAGACUCGAAGAAAAGAGGCCUGGUACCAGUAGAAGGGCUCGUUGUAAGUCCGUUCACCGCGAAUGAGGACCGGCUGAUUGUGUCUGCCUAUCCUCGCUAUGCUCGCCCUGAGAAUGGACAGGUGAAUGGGUAUGUUAAAUUCAACUGGCCUUCGCGAGCACCAUCGAGACGGCCGUCUGGCCCUGUACCACUCCCGUCAGAGGAUGACGUUGAGGACAUAACGCCCAACGUAACGCGAUCACACAGUGCCGGUCGUCCUACAACCAUAAUAACUCUGGUUAACCCUGGGCCUGCCGUGUCUUCCGCGCCAAAUGGGACUGUUUCGCCCAUGGACCUAGAGGGAGGAUGGGGAAAUACUUCAUCGCCAGUGUUGAUGGCAGGUUCUCCGGUUUCCCUUCAAGACACUUCACAAAUCCUGAUAGCUGGUGACCCAAAAAUGCUGCCUCCUCAGUUCGGAUUCCAAGCAAAGAUGGAUCAUAUUGACAGACGAUUGUUUGAGUUCUAUAUCAAGAACUGGUGUCCGGGAAGGAGUGUGCUCAGCAACACAAACCUAUGGUUGAAGGAUCUGGCGCCGAUGCAUAAGAACGAAGGUAUUCUCCACGCUAUUCAGAGUCUUGCCGGGGUGUAUAUCUAUGAUUAUAUUCCGGAUGAGCGCAUCCGCCAGCGGAUCAAUCAGCGAUAUAUCACGGCAGAUCAAUAUUUCAGCACACUCCUCAAUGCGCCUGAGAGCAGGGAAAAUGGUAAAGGGCAGGAGGUCAUCACCAUGGCCGUGCUUCUUUCAAUGCAAGAUAUUGUCCUAACGGAACGACGACUCAAAAAGCCAUACAAUCCGCGAUGGCUGGAAGGAUUCAGGCAAGGCGAAUACUUCCUGCAGGCAACUGACCCUGGCGCUCGCUACUGGAAAAACAACAACGUCCAGUACAACGAACUUCGCAUCUCUCAAUCAAUCAUUGUUGGCCGGGCAGUGAUUCUCGCUCAACCUAUGAUGGCCCUUCCCUCACCGCAAACUUUUAACCCCGAGGCUGAAGCAGGCAGGUUCAGCUGGCUGCUCUAUGGAACAGAGAAAGAUAUGUUUGAAAUCCAUGGAGGUUGUGGCUUUUCGAAGAAAUUGUUGCAUCUUAUGAGCCAGGUAACGUAUUGUGCAGGUCGAUUGCAGCAAGAGCCUGAAUCCACCAUCGUUCCAAUCACGGCAAAAUUCCUCUUGCGCGAACUAUCAGAAAUGCGACAAUGGAGCCGUGAGGGCAAAGACUGGGAGCUGGCUCGAAAGUACCCACCAACGAUAGACUGGGUGCGCGACAAAGCAGACGAAGUGAUAAUCGAUUCCAACCAAAUCAUGACCGAGGUUACAGCUGAGGCAUGGAGGAUCGCCGCAAUUAUUUAUUAUCAAUGUCGUCUUCUGAGGUACGAACAUGCGAUGAAGGAGAAGAAAAGGUCCGAGGAGGGAGAGAAGUGGACAAGCUGA